UGUUGUUCUCCAUAGUCGGGAGCUGCAGAGAGAGAAAGAGAAAGCCAUGCCUGGCGGUGGUUGCAGCAUCAGAGCCAUUUGGAUCCUCAACAGCCUCGAUUCCGUCGUCUUCUCCAGGCGGUUUCCGGUGGUGGAGAAGCGGUGGCGAUCGGCUUGCGAGAGCAAGAACGAGACUUCUGCUGCCGAAGAAAGUCUUAAGUACACCGUUUUUCCUUUACUCCCUACUGAUUCGGAGCUCGUCUCUGCUUUCGUCGAGCGAAAACGAAGAGAGGGGUCUGCUCGCGGACUCGGCAUACGCGUAAGUCAGUCAGCUAAAGGUUCAGAUUCCUGGGUUGAUGAUCCAAUUACGCGGCAUAUAAUAGGUCUUUACAUAAACAAAGAAGAAGAUGGAGAUAAUAACCUUCUAUGGCCUUUGGUCUUACAUAUGAAGGGGCAAUAUUCUGUCCUUGUAUUGCCUUUGGUCGAGCCUAAACACUUGAAGGCAUACGCAUGCUUAAGCAAGAGAUCCGAUUGUGGAAAUACUGUUGGAGUGGAUGACAGUUUAUCUUCCCUGCUGCUUGAUCUACCCUCCAUCACAGGGGCAUUUAUGGUGGCGCAUGCAAUUGGUGACGUAAUCAGUGGUGAUUGGGUAGAACCUGAGGUCGUUGUAAGUGCAGCUCCAUCUGUAGGAGGAUUGUUGGAUUCACUAACUGGUAGUAUAGGAAUAACAGGAAUCUCCUCAAGGGCAAAACCUGUAGCUGCACCAGUUGCAUCUGCAAACCCUUCUAGCACUGCUGUGGUGGGAAAUGUAGCGUCUGAUGCUCCCAGGAUUGGUGCAAGGCCUUUGGAUAAAGAUGCACUCCGAACUUUCAUAACAAGCUCAAUGCCCUUUGGUACACCUCUGGAUUUGAGCCAUUCGAAUAUUUUCUCCAUGAAGAUGAAUGGAUUUUCUGCGUCGGAUCUUCCUCCUUCAGACCUAAAGCAACCAGCAUGGAAGCCGUACCUUUACAAAGGAAAGCAGAGAGUGUUAUUCACGAUUCAUGAGAUUGUCCAUGCUUCCAUGUACGAUCGAGAUGAAAUUCCAGAUAGUAUAUCCAUUUCUGGUCAAAUAAACUGUCGAGCAGAAUUAGAAGGAUUGUCAGACGUGUCAUUCCCCUUGACAGGGUUGAACACAAAUCGCAUUGAAGUUUUAUCUUUUCAUCCUUGUGCUCAGGUUCCAGAACAUGGUGUGGAUAAGCAUUCUGUGAUGUUUUCUCCGCCAUUAGGUAAUUUUGUUUUAAUGCAUUAUCAUGCUACAUGUGGAGUUGGUCCUCCGAUCCAGGGAUUUUACCAAUUAUCAAUGGUUUCUGAAGACAAAGGUGCAUUUUUGUUCAAAUUGCGGUUAAUGGAAGGUUAUAAGUCACCCCUCACAAUGGAGUUCUGUACAGUGAUAAUGCCCUUUCCUAGGAGAAGAAUUGUAUCCUUUGAUGGGACUCCUUCAAUUGGAACAGUUUCAACUACAGAGCAUUCAGUUGAAUGGAAAAUUGUAACAAGUGGACGGGGCCUUAGUGGGAAAAGUGUUGAGGCAACUUUCCCUGGAACAGUGAGAUUUGCUCCGUGGCAAAUUCAAAGAUUGCCUUCUUCUAGUCUAGCAUCUAGAAGCAUAGCUGAUGAAGAUAGUGAUACAGAGACUGAUGGUCCUAAUAAUAUGGUAAAUAUAGAUGAAUGCUUAAUGGAGAAAAUGAACAAGGAUCUUCCUUCCGUUGAGUUGGAAGAGCCAUUUUGCUGGCAGGCAUAUAACUAUGCGAAGGUAUCCUUCAGAAUUGUUGGCUCACCACUAUCUGGAUUAUCAAUUGACCCGAAAUCUGUUAGCAUCUAUCCAGCUGUUAAAGCACCCGUGGAAUACUCGACUCAAGUUACUUCUGGUGAAUAUAUUUUGUGGAAUACAUUAGGCCCGUGCCCAUCAGCUGCUGUGGCAAGAGUGUAAACUAUAAACAUUGGAUCAACGAGGAUAGUUUAGGCAGACAAUAUCAGGGGUAUGUCUUCAUUAUUUUAUUCACCAUAUCCCAAGCACAAGAUGCUUUGGAAAUCUAUGCGUAGUUGUGCUGAGACCACAUUUCCAAAUCCCGCCCUUGUGAUUUUUGGCCAUUUCGAGUUCGAUAAAUCUUAAUUACAGAUUGGGUUGAAAAAAUGGGCAAUCGAGUCUAGUUAGUUGGAUUAGUUAUUUAUGGCUUUCCAAAUGUUCCAAAUAAGUUAUGUUCAUGUAACGUCUAGGUGGAAAUGAGACGACAACAUAAGACAUGUUGAAACCUUGUUGGUUGCUCCAAUGUAGUGAUUUUCUUCAGUGUGUUGUGUAACAAUCAUUUCAUUAUUGCUCUUGGUGAAUGAGAUUUUGUGUACGACAAGAAUUA